AUGGCUUCUACCGCCCUCAAUAUUGCACGCCUUGUGCUCCGUCAAGAUGAAGGCGCAGAGUCUCAACCUGAGGAGGUCAUCACCUGCGGCGGCGACAACGAGUACGAUGGCCGCAUGGGCACCCGUAUCUCAUCCAUCUUCGUCAUCCUGGUCGCGUCCAGCUUCGGUGCCAUGUUCCCCGUUCUAGCAAGACGUUCCCGUAGCAAGCUGGUCCCCAACUGGGUCUUCUUCGCCGCCAAGUACUUCGGUUCAGGUGUUAUCAUCACAACGGCAUUCAUCCAUCUACUAGCUCCAGCGAACGAAGCUCUCGGUAACGAAUGUCUGACCGGCGUUAUCGCCGCGUACCCUUGGCCCGAGGGCAUCGCCCUGAUGACGCUCUUUCUCAUGUUCUUCCUUGAGCUCAUGACGAUGCGUUACGCCAAGUUCGGCAGCGACCACGACCACAGCCACGAACCCACUGGCAUCUCCCCAGCCGCCCACGCUGACAACAAAGCCCACGACCUCGAAGGCAGCACCGUCAGCAGCACCAACCACAACAUCCGCGGCGACGACCACCUCGGCCACCAACGCGACCACGAAGCCGAGCUAAAGUCCGACAUGGCACCCCGCCCCCUCGUCCCAGACGGCUACGCCUCGCAGCUAACCGCCGUCUUCAUCCUCGAAUUCGGUGUCAUCUUCCACUCCAUCUUCAUCGGCCUCACCCUUGCCGUGGCCGGCGAAGAAUUCAUCACCCUCUACAUCGUCCUCGUCUUCCACCAAAUGUUCGAAGGCCUCGGUCUGGGUACCCGUCUUGCGGAAGUCCCCUGGCCUGCGUCCAAGCGCUGGACCCCGUAUUUGCUUGGUCUCGGCUAUGGUAUCUCCACGCCCAUUGCUAUUGCUAUUGGUCUGGGCGUGCGCCAGUCUUUUGCGCCUGAGAGCAGGACUACGCUGUUGACGAAUGGUGUUUUCGAUUCCAUCUCCGCUGGUAUUCUUAUUUACACGGGUCUUGUGGAGCUUAUGGCGCAUGAGUUUAUGUUUAGCCCGUAUAUGCAGAAGGGGCCUGUUAGUAGGACGCUUAAGGCGUUUGGCCUUAUGGUUCUUGGUGCUGGUUUGAUGGCUCUACUCGGUUACUGGGCUUAG